AUGCAGAUAUACAAGAUUGUAAACGAAGGCGGAGCCGACAUCACCGUAGUUGACAUUGCAUACGGAGCGCAGGAACUAGGAUGUAAGACGGCCGAAGAAGCUGAAGGAGAUGAAGACGAACCACUUAUCAACUCGAUAACACUGCACGGCCGCCGAUUGGAGAACGCCCAAUCAGCGGGAGGCCCUGGCACUAGGGAACAGCAGAUAUCCACUAAUAUAGCAAUUCAGGCCGCAUUCGACAGGACGGUCGUUGGUGCCUGCGUGGCCAUACGUCAAGCGCUCGCUGGAUAA